AUGACCGAGAUUAACGAGAAAGAAGUCGAUGUCUCAAUCGAAGUCGAAGCUGUAACCGAUGAUUCGUGCCCAUUCCCUGAGGCAGAGAAAAGAUUUGUCCGACGCAUGGACAGGAGAAUUAUGCCAAUUCUCUCAUUGAUGUAUUUCUUUUCGGCUCUAGACAGAUCGAAUAUUGGUAAUGCCAAGGUUGCCGGUAUGAACAAAGACAUCGGUAUCAACGAUUCACAGUAUUCGACGGCGGUUUCGAUCGUGUAUGCAACCUAUCUUCCAUUCAUGUUACCUGGUGUCUUGAUAAUGUUGAGAUUCUUCGACAACAAAAAGAGACAGUAUUUAGGGUGCAUGGUUGCUUCUUGGUCGAUAGUCACAAUCUUCACAUUGUUCGUAGAUAGCUACGGAUCGCUCAUCGCAUGCCGGCUGUUGUUGGGGCUGUGCGAAGCAUCGUUUUUCUCAUCAAUAUCGGUUAUUAUUUCGAAUUUUUAUUUUCAAAGUGAGUUGUCCCAACGUACUGCUUAUUUAUUUGCAGCAUCGGCAUUUUCGAGUGCAUUUGGUGGUCUGAUUGGAACUGGGAUCACCAAGAUUCAAUCGGGAAAGUUAGCUUCCUGGAAAUACAUCUAUUUGAUUGAAGGACUUCUUUCUUUCUUUUCAAGUUUCUGGAUUUAUUUCGGAAUGCCCAACAAUCCAGAGGAAAUUGUCCAUGGAGAGGAGGAAGCCAAAGCACUAGCAUGGAGAUCGGAGCGUCGUCAUCUGUUCAUCAUGGCAGAUGGAGAUAAAAAAACUGAAGCACUCUCCGCGAUCAAAGAUGUGAAACUAUACCUCUCAACUCUUAUCCAAUUCUGUGGCGAUGUCCUAAUGUAUGGGUUCUCUACAUUUUUGCCUUCUAUCCUUCAAAGCGACCUUGGCUAUGAUUCGUUGAAGUCCCAAUAUUUGACUGUGCCUGUCUACAUUUUUGCAGGAAUUAUCUUUGUUGUGUUCGCAAGAAUCUCAGACAAAACGAGAAUCAGAGGACCAAUGAUAGUUGGCCUUUACACUUUUGGAGUUGUUGGAUACGCACUACUGUUAGCCAAUACCAGUAGUGGUGUCAAGUACUUUGCUUGCUACCUGAUUUGCUUUUGUCUUUAUCUUCCGGGAAUGAACGAAUCCUGGAUUGCAACUAAUUCCGCGCCUCAAUUUAAAAGAGCAGUUUCGAUUGGCGUCAACCAAUCGCUGGGAAAUAUUGCUGGUGUCAUUAGCCCACAGGUGUAUCGCAAAAGUCCAAAAUACACGCUAGGACACGCUUUCACUUUGGGAUGCAUAGUUGUGGCAAUGAUUGCAGCCUCCAUAAGCUCUCUUAUGUUGGUCAAAAGAAACAGAGAGAAUGCAAAAGUCUUGAAAAGUGGAGUGGACAAUAGGGGAUUAAAAAGAACCAUUGGGGACGACGCUCCUGACUUUAAUUUCGUCAUUUGA